AACUUCGACCCAAACACAUCAACAUGCAGCUGUUAAUCAUCGCCUCCGUGCUCGGCCUCGCCGCCGCCGCCCUUGGCCCCGCCUACAACGAGCGGCCCCAAGCGCAAUACGAGAGGAACGCCAGGAUCCUGGCACAGGACUCCGACGUGAAGGAGGACUCGUACAGAUAUAGCUACGAGACUGAGAACGGCAUCAGGGCUCAGGAGCAGGGAAGCGAGGCCGAGGGCAUCGAAGCGGAAGGUGCCUUCUCUUACACCGGUGACGACGGCAACAUCUACACCAUCACCUACAGAUCCGGCAAGGAGGGCUUCAACCCCCAGGGCGCCCACAUCCCCACCCCACCCCCCAUCCCCCAGGAGAUACUCGUGGCUUUGGAGCAGAACGCCCGUGAUGAAGCCGCUGGCAUCUUCGAUGAUGGUCUAUACCGCGCCGGCAAAUACGAGGCUAAUGCCCCCAGACAGCCCAGCCGCCCCAUCCAAAACCAGCCCUUCCGUCAACCCUACAAGUUCUAGAAGACAAACCUCUCUUCUCUUCUAAUACUCAUCGGCUAGUAGAGGCUAAAUUGAGCAAAAAGGUAUAAAGCAAAAAGUUAGACUACCGCAAUUAAACUGUGAUGCGUUUUUUAAAUCUGUAAUCAAAUUUUUGGUUACAGGUUUACGAAACCAAUGUCUUCUUAAGUGCCAUCUUUUGCCUUAUUUGAUUGAUUUUGUCGUGUAAAUAAUUCCAUUCUUCUAGUGUAACCCUUCAAUACAAAAUGUGAUAUUCUUUACUGUAUAAGAUUUUAUGUCCACUCGUUGGAAAA